AUGUGGUUUAUGAGUGGGUGUGGCUUAAUUGACUGCUUUGCUCCAUUGACCACGUUUUACAUGCAAGAGAAAAAAAGUUCAUCACAAAACUCCUGUUGUUUGUUUCGCUCAGCAAUGCAGUUUCCUUGCAAGCGCCUCUAUUACAGUCGAUUUCAACCCACCCCAAAGCAUCUGCAGCUACUGUGGCUUGCAGUGGCCAUGCUGCUGUGCAUGUAUGUGUCGCAUUGUGGAAGCAGUUCCUGUCCUUCCCCGUGUGACAUGUCUGCCUGUCCACGUUUAGUUCCAAGGAAUUGUGCGCAUAGAUACAGAGAUGCUUGCAACUGCUGUGAAUAUUGCGGAGGAGGGCCUGGUGAUUUUUGUGAAGGACUGUAUAACGCAUUUGGAUAUUGUGCAACUGGACUGGAGUGUGUGAAGGAGCUCGAGGAAGGCCUACCGCCAGAGCAGCAAGUACAGUUGCCAGGAGUAUGUACAGCUCCUACUGAUGCCCCUAUUAUUGAAACUACCACUUCUACCACUGCUCCUACCACUGCUCCUACCGCUUCUACCACUACUAUGGUUACGAGUGAUCAUAACACAACGACGUCUUCAACUGCCACUCCGACUGUGCCUGUGCUCAGUACUACUUCCAGCACGGCUCCAGAGACAACCAUAUCUGUCAUAUCACCUACUGUACCAGUUGAGUGCAGAAAAGAAUGCUCAGUGGACAUGUGUGAAGGAAAGAACAAAGUAUGCUCAGCAAAAGGGUUAGAGUUUGCUCCAUCUUCAACUAGAAACAGUUGUCAGCAUACUUCCUGCCAUGCUUGUGUGCUGCUAGUCCGACCAGCAGGCUGUGGGGACAUUCAGUGUGGGGAGCCUCCAUCCAAGACCUGCUUACGAAACUAUUAUCUUUGCAUUCAAAACUACUACUUUGGAGUAUCCAGCAGCACUAGAGUACUUAAAUUACACGACUCCGAAGCGAGAGAAAUAUACCAACAAGGAAGAGGAAGAAUACUAUGUCACGUAUCCAGCUUAAUAUCAUAAAUCAACUGCUAACCCUCUACAGGUAUUACUGCACGUCUAUGCGUUUAUUGUGCACACAUUUAUAUUUUUUUGUCACUCGGUUGUGCCUAGCAAACCUAUUUUUUCAGCAUUUUGUGCGUCUUUGUACAUGUUUGUAUAACUGUGUGUGCUGUCUAUUUUUAACUCUCCCCUAAUAAUAUAACUUAAUUUGUUGUUGUUAGGGCAACAUCAACAAAAUUGUUAUAAUUUUGUGAUUUUGUCUGGUCUUGAUGUACGUUCACCCUUAUUUGAAUAUACCCCUCACCUCAUUCAAUCUAUCUGUAUACAUUGUUUCAGUAUACGUGCUGUAUACUUGCCAAUAAUUCAUCAAUCAUGAUUUUGCAUUUAA